CUCGGGCCCAGCGGCUGCUGCGUUUAUGCGUGCGCAUGUGUGUGCGCGCAUGUGUGGCAGCGGCGCGGGGUUAGUCGAGUCUGAGCAAUGCACGGUGCCGUGCGGUCGAGCUCUCGCCGACCGCCCCUCCGCUCAGCCCUGAUGCAACGGAGCAGCAAGCCGCUCUCUGCACGCAGACAUGCAUAAUAAAGCUCUCACUUCCUGCUCAGCGACUGGCUGAUUUGGUCACCCAAGCAGCCCGAGCGCCCGUGCGGCUAUUUUUAACUUUCCCAGCGCGGCACACACACGCAGGAGCCUAUGGCCAGCCGCCUCGGGUAGAAAGCGGGCAGCAGGCUGGCACCGAGUGGGCACCGAACGGGCGGCAGGACCGGCACCAGGGCUCAGGACAGCUUUUGGAUUGGUGGUUUUCAGAGAGAGAGCGGGGAAGGAAGGAGGCUGGGGGGAGAGAGAGACGGGGAGAGAGAGAGAGCGAGAGAGGAGAGAGGCUUCGUCUCGAACGGCACAGCUGAUCAACAGAGUCUUGUCAAAAAAGGGCUUCUACUUCCAGCUGCAGUUUGCAAACUGUUUGUCUUUUAUGGCGCGCAAUGCAGAAGCGUAGUAGGUGAGGGACGCUGCACAAUGUCUUUUCCCGUAGCGUUUCUGCAGCAUCGUUUUCUCUGACAUUCCUCAGAUGACGGUGAUGUCGCCCAGUACCAAGGGCCUGAUGGACAGCAUCCAUGCCCACGUCCUCCUCAGUUCAUUGAACGAGCAACGCACAAGUGGCCUGUUCUGUGAUGUUACCAUUGUCGUGGAGGAUAUCAAGUUCAGAGCCCAUCGGAAUGUCCUGGCUGCUUCUAGCGGAUAUUUCCGAAACGCCCUCUCAACGCCUGAGCAUGGGGCAUCAGGCCAGGUGCUUGAGCUUUUAGACCUCAGGUCUGAGAUUUUUGCCAGCAUCCUCAACUUUAUCUACAGCUCCAAGGUAGCACCAGCAGGCACUGAAGACAUUAGGCUGCUAGUAGCAGCAGGGAAGAAGCUCGGCAUCCCUUUUCUGGAAAAGCUAAUGGAGCAGGAGAGGCGGGGCUCCGGUGCACUCUACAACCACUCUUUGUCCAGCCGCCAACCAACCAAGAUCUCCAGUCCACGCCACACGCCUCUUUCCUUCGGUAGUCAUCCACUGAAGAGAGAGUCAGCUCGACCUGAAGAGAUGGAAUGUGCCAGUGGGCCCCGGAUAACCAACGCAUUCUCCAUCAGAGAGGCUGGCGUUGGGCAUCACCCAUUUACCUCUCUGGGUUUGCGCUCUGAAGAGCAUCGGUCCCCCGAGCAAGAACUUCUUCCCCAAAGCUCUGCUCCAUCACAGAGUGAACCAGUGCACACUUUGUCUGAGCAUUCUUACGCCGUGAGCCAAAUGCACAACGCCGUUGAACGCAGUGAGGAGAAGCAGGAAGUUGUCAAUGGAGAUAUGGAUCACACACAGGCACCCAUCAGACCACGUGCAUUCCAAAACUCUGGCCCACUGAAGAAACGCCACAGGUUCGGUGCCGGUCUCAGCGAAGAGACACCUGUUACACCUGCAAGUGGUACCCCUUUGCAAGCAAACGGUGGUUGCCCAUCAUCUGUAUCUGCCGUUGUUCCCUCUUCAGCAUUUAUCUCCUCAAAUGCUGUUGACAAGGUAAGCAGUGGAAAAGAACAGCACGCGAGUAAAACCACAUCUACCGAAGAGACAGUGAACCCACCAUCUCUAUCUCCGUCAUCUUCUCAUUGCGACUACUGCCCAGAGACCUUCACAGGCAGAGCUACCCUCAACAGGAAUGCUCAUAUCCGGAAGAAGAGGUUUGUGAGCUAUUUGUUUUGCAAGUUUUGCUAUAGAAAAUUCAUGCACCCUAAACGACUUCGUAACCACGAGCAAGUAUGCUGCAAAGCCAAGGUGCUGGCACCUGAACGGAACCUGAGACGCACAGAAACUAGAGGCAGCCUUUCUGAUGCCAAUGAGCCAAACCCAAUUGACAGGGAGUUCUCCUGGCAUCGUCCUUCUUCCACAGCAGACUCUGCUGAGGCAACACAUGAAGUUGAGAGAGGAGCCGGGCUAACAGAAGAACAGAGACUGUACACAUGUGGCGUGUGCAAGCGUGUCUAUGUGACCUUGUCCAGCCUGAGGAGGCAUGAGAAUGUGCACUCCUGGCGUAGGGCAUACCCGUGCCACUACUGUGACAAGGUUUUUGCUCUGGCCGAGUAUCGCACCAAGCAUGAGAUCUGGCACACAGGAGAACGCCGUUACCAGUGUAUCUUUUGCCUGGACACCUUUAUGACCUACUACAUCCUGAAGAAUCACCAAAAGUCUUUCCAUGGGAUUGACCCUCGGUUGGUAGUGAGUAAGAAGUCAGCCAACAGUAGCUUCAAAGGCAGUGUUUACCCCAUCAAACUUUACAGACUUCUGCCCAUGAAAUACAGAAAGAGGCGGUACACAUACAGACAGACUUUUUCACAGGAAUAUCACAACCAAACUGUCUCUCUUCCCGUGACCUGCAGCUCAGCCUCCACUUCUUUGGAAGAGGCCAGCGCAGAUGGAGCUUGUGCAAGACAGUCUUUGUUCUCAUUACCCAUGACUUUCAUGGCCACGCCAAAAGUAAUUGCAUCUGUAACACCAAAUAUCAGCUUUGAUCCGCCAUGCAACCAAGAUAUAAAUCAGCUGCCCUCUUCUGAAGUGGCAUCUUCACAGAGAAUAAGCACGUCUGUGCCUUCGGGCAUGGACGAGUAUAGUAGCUUGUCCCAUGUAGGAAGUAGGGAGUCAUCCGUGAUCAGCUAUGGGUACACGCAUCCUACUGUCCCCAAACAAGUCAACAAGAUGUCAUCUGUCAGGCAGAUCAGUGACAAAGCCUCAGCACCUCUGAAUACUUCUCACAAUGACAAGUCUUCUUUGCCCUUUUUAGAGGCAAGCCAAGCCAGUUCUCUAGAUCUGGGGUACAAACUGGGAGAUCUUCCUAAUCCUAGUCCUCCUCCUGAUACUAUGGCUGACCAGUUGCUUCUAUCUAGCAGGAACAAUCUCACAAAUGACCAGUCUUCUGCAGGGAAGACCGAAACAUACAUUGCCAAGCCUGCAUGUCCAGGGCCAUCAGUAGGGAGCCAGGUGCUUCCCCUCUGCCAGAUCACAGUAAAAAUUGGCGAAGAGGCCCUCGUCCAUCGAAGGGUCAGGGAUGCUCAACUCUUUCCAAGAAAGAGAAAAACAACCCUCUGGUGUCGAGAAGAAGAGGAAGCUCAGAAAAAUUCUGGAGAAAGGAGUAGGAACUUCCCAAGUCUACGCAUGAGAACAGACCUCACUUCACUUGCAGAAGCAGAAUCAAAUGAUGAUGUGACUGACCGUGAUUCCAAUGACCAUCUGUGGCGUCCAUACUACUCCUACAAGCCUAAGAAAAAGCCAAAGAAAUUGAAACCCAAACAGAGGGGAACCAGUCAGACCAGACCACCUGGGAGACCUCUUAAGGGGACCACGAGGGUUCCAGAGUACAAGGACAAGGAAGACUACCUGCAAGCAUGCUACAGUCAAAAUGACAAGAUUCUGCAAGACAAAGUGAAUAACACAAACCGCCUGAAGAACAGCAGCCAGAAGGCAACAUACAUAUGUGAUGUCUGCAGCAGUGUUUUUUUCAGCCUUUCCACUCUACAGACACAUGUAAAGACCCGUCAUCCCUGUUCUUGCCAAACUUGCGGCAAGCCAUGCUCCCCAAUGGACAUGCCAAGCUCCUUGGAAGAUGGCGGGAAGAUUGUCUGCAAGAGCUGCAUACGGGAUGGUUCCUGCUUCGAGAACGUCACAAGGAGCUUGAGAACUGAGAAGCGUUACCGCUGCUCCUUCUGCCCUCAGCGAUUUCUCUACCUUGCUACCAAAAAGAGCCACGAAAAGAAACAUGUGGAAAAACAUGGAAAAGGCUAUGGCUGCUGCUACUGCCCCAAAGUCUGCAAGACCCCCACAUCCCUGGGCAUACACCAGAAGCGACAUCUCAUUAAAACAGAAGAGGUGGAGGGGGACAAUAAGGCAUUAGCCAAAACUAUGUUUGCAACAAACGAUGCCCCAAAAUUGAAGGCUUAUGAGUUUUCUGAUGUUGACUCCUCUGUCCUUAAACUUGAGGAGCAAGUUGAAAUUAAUAGCAAGGGGUGUUAUCAAGAGUUAAAACAACCCCAGAUGAAAACUCUGAGGUCACCCCUUUGGGAAAGCACUUCAUUUAUUCGUUCUUCUGAAGGAUUUCUGGGCAGGCACAGAGAACCACUUUGACCAAGUUUGUCUGGGUGGCCAGUGUGGUGAUGACCAGCUAAAGGACUUUGGGAAUGGACAUGUGCACAGCAACAGAGCCCCCCUGUAGUCUCCCCACACUGAGUGCAAACAGGAGCUGUGCUUCCGUACCUCCCUCAACUCACAGGUGGAACUCACACCAAGAGCAGCUGGAUAGACUUGAAUGUAUACGGUUAAAUCUGCUUCGGCUACUGUAAAUCAUUUUAUUCUCUUUUACAUGAAUACCAAACUGGACGUCUAUGGCAAUUAAAAAAUAAAAACAAAAUACUCCACUGUAAAAAAUAGUUAGUAGUUUUUCAUGUUUUCUAAAGAGAUGUUGUUUUUUAUUUUUGUAAUUUUUGAAAUUUGUUUUUCUGGGACAAGCUAACAUAUCCUGCUCUGGCACCCUCCUGUCAUGUGAUCCAUACAGGAUGCUCAUUAUUACCAUUUUCAAUAAUAAGUGAUUUUAUUUUUUUCUUUACUAAUGUAAUCACUUUUAAAUGUUUCCAACAGUUAUUCACAUUUUUACAAGUAUACUUUUAGAAUACUUGUUUUAUAAUGAUCAUUAUUUCUGUAUACCCAUUCAUAUAUGAUCUUAUUAGCACUACACAAAGUGAUUAGCAUGGUGAUAUGUUUUUAUAAGUCAGCAUUUUCUGUUUAUUUAGUAAGAACAGUAUUUUGCUGCCAAACACAGCCAGAAGGUAGACAUCCAGAACACUGUAAAAAUACAAAAUAAACUGUGAUAUUGUAACAGUAAAACAAUGGUAUUGUACACGUGUUUUAUUUUUAAAUGUGCAACACCCUGAGGUACUGUAUUUAUAAUAAAUCAAUA